AUGGCGACACAAUCAUCUGAUGUGAAAUUGAAGCUACUAAUCGACACAAAAAAACAAAGAGUUCUUUUUGGUGAAGCUGACAAGAUGUUCAUAGACUUUAUCUUCAAUCUACUUUCUCUCCCACUUGGGACUGUCGUCACUCUUCUCAAAAACCAAACCGUGCUAGGAAGCUUAGAAAAUGUGUACGAGAGCGUUCAAACGUUGAGCGAUACAUAUAUGAAGCCAGGUCAAAAUAAAGACAUACUUUUGAAGCCUAAAGCCUCCAUUUAUUGUUCAACAACGACCAAACUUUUGCCUGAUAUUGUUAUUGAUUCCUCAACUACUGCAAAAUCAUUUUAUUUAUGCAAUACAAAGAAGUAUGCUACUUGUGGGCACUCGGUAUCUGAUGGUGUUGAUGCGAUUUGUCCCUCUUGUUCUAACUAUAUGGACCAAGUGGGUACGUAUGUGCAGCCCCCAAGUGAUUGGAAUGCAACUACACAACAGACAAGUAAUAGUGGAGAAGACAAUGGAUUAGGGUUUGUAAAGGAUGUGGUGACGUACAUGGUGAUGUGA